AGCAGGAGAAGAUGCUGGCUGCCGCGUGGCCGAGUGUGCUUUAAUGGACAAUGUACUGCAAUGUAUGCCUGAAGUACUUGAAAUGCAAAUUUGGGACAACUUUACCAUCUAAAUGCUUGGCUGGAUUAAACGCCUGAUGAGGAUGGUUUUUCAGCAAGUUGUAGUAAGCAUGCAAUCGGUACUUUGGUCUGGAAAACCAUAUGGUUCAUCUCGAAGUAUCGUAAGGAAAAUUGGUACUAACUUAUCUCUGAUUCAGUGUCCAACAGUUCAAUUUCAGCUUACCAGCCAUGCAACAGAAUGGAGUCCCAACCACCUGGGAGAGGAUCCAGUGGUAUCUUUUGCUGACGUUGGAUGGGUAGCCACAGAAGAAGGAGAGUGUUCAACAAGACUAAGGACAGAAGUCAGGUCAAAGCCACCCCUUCAAGAUGACCUUCCUUUCUUCAAGAAGCCCCCACGCAGGCAUAUUUCCUUACCAAGCCUGUCUCAAGAAGCACCUCCACCAAAGAAUGCAGUUCUGGCCAAUGAGGAAGCCCUGCAGAAGAUCUGUGCACUUGAAAAUGAACUUGCUACUCUCAGAGCUCAGAUUGCCAAAAUCGUGACCCUGCAAGAGCAACAGAAUCUCACUGCAGUAGGUGACUUGGUUUCUGCCACAUCUGUUACCACAGCCCCACCUCCUCCCUCCAUGCCACCACUGCCACCACCACCACCACCGUUGCCUCCUCCUCCACCACCUCCACCAGGACUCCACCAAAGUAAAUCUGCUAUUGAUCUGAUUAAAGAACGAAGAGAGCAAAAAGCCAAUGCUGGAAAGACUUUGGCUAAAAGCAAUCCAAAGAAAUCUGACAUGCCAAAUAUGCUAGAGAUCCUUAAAGAUAUGAAUAGUGUAAAACUUUGGUCAGUUAAGAGGUCAGAAGAUGUAAAGCCCAAGCCAGUAGAUGUUACUGAUCCUGCUGCCCUCAUAGCAGAAGCUCUGAAAAAGAAAUUUGCUUAUCGAUAUCAAAGCAAUAGCCAAGGAGAAAUUGAAAAAGGAGUUCCAAAGUCUGAAUCAGAGGCCACCUCAGAGAAAGCAUUGUUUGGGCCACAUAUGUUGAAGUCUACAGGAAAAAUGAAGGCUUUAAUUGAAAAUGUUUCAAACUCCUAAUGGACAAUGAGCUGAAGAAAACUCCUGGUUCAGCUGGUUUGGGAGGGCUGAAUUUGGCUAGUAGAAAUCCAACACUAUUUAGUAAAUACCUGGCUUUAGUAUUCAGUGGUGUACUUUUUAACCUAGAGGAUUAAGCAAUAAUGGAAGCACCAUAACUUUGUUUGCUUUUAUGAGAUGGUCAGUUCUAGAGCCUCCUAUAACAUACUGAAUUCUGACAUGGUUUUCACAUUUAGCCAGGAUGUUGAAGCCUCCGAUCUUGAAAACAUUUGAAAGAUUUCAGAACAUAGAAAGGACAUUUGUGGAUUUUACUGUGCAUUUUAAAAUUCUUAACACUAAUUUAUCUGUACAAAUGUUUUAUAUACUUAUAUUUGGAUAUAAAACAGUUUAAAAAUUAUCAGUG